UUUUAUUUUUCUUUAUUUUAAGGGUUUUAUAGGCUUGGUUGUUGCAUUUUUAAAUAGUCAGAUUGUUUUAAUAAAAUUUGGUUUGUUGGUUUGGAACUGAGCUUAUGGGUUUUCCAUCCCUUCUAUCUUGGUUUCGAAUAACAGUAAAAAUGGGUUAGGUCCUUAGCUAGUGCUGGAUACUGGCUAUUUGUUGGCCACGGCUCAAAGCUCUGGCUCCGCAGGAGCCGGGCGGAGUUAGUUUAAUCUUAGCUGGCUUCGGAGCAAAGAUUUUGAAAACUCCGUAGCCUAGCACUGUUCUUAGCCAUCCCUUUAAAUAAAAUUUUUCUUUGUGUUGUUAAAAGAUUUUUCGGGUUGAUUUUUGGAUUUUAAAAGAAUUUUCUCGAAGAACCGAAAAAUUUUUUUUCAAUUCACUUACAUAAUUAGUACUAAUCCUUUUUAAAAUAUUAAUUUUUAAUUUCAUUUUUAUACCAAUCUUCUCUUUUCUUUAUUUUUUUAAAAUUUAUCAGUAUUUGUAUUGUCAGUAUAAUAAUGUGUAUUUUACUAAAAUAAAUCAACUCUUGACUGAUUAUUUCUAUUUAUUUUUCUUUUUUCUAUUUUUUUAAUCCCUUUUGAAUCAAAUCAAGCGUUAAUAAAUUCAUUUGAAAAGAGAAAAUAUACGCAAUAAAAAAUUUAAAAAAAUAUUUUCUCACCCUUUUUUCUUUCACCCAACAAUUUAUAUUAUAACCAGCCUUGGUAAUUAAAUAUUAAUUGAAUUAAAUCAAGUGACCUUCACGGGGGGUUUUGUGUCCUUUUAAUAAAUUUAAUUAUUAUUUUUUUGAUAUAUGUAUGUAUUGGGGGAGGAGGGCUGUCGAAUCUCUCUCAGACACCUCUCAAAUAUCUCAGACACCUGCUUCCCUUCUCUCUGAUAUGGCACCUGCCUUGUUAUUCAACUUUUUUUCAUAUAUCUGCUAAAUUGUGCCAUGAGGGGUGAUAUAGGAACCUGAUCUGACUAGAGAUCAACCUCGAAAAGGGAUUUUCUGUAUUGCCGUCCUAAAAUGCUAGUUUUUCAAAUUUUAUUGGUUGACGGGAUUUUCGAGAUUAAUCCCGUGGGGGGUCAGUUCUGUUCGAAAAAUUUUCAGAAAAUUUUUUCGGGGUCCUUGAAUUUUCGAGUUUACCGGCAUCAAUUCACCGCAUCAAUAUAUCGGCUAAAUUGUGCCACGAGGGGUGAUAUAAGCGAUCCUUCGACCCGAACCCCGUAGACUCUACCCCGACAAACCCCGAAAUCCGACAUACAAUUCAAUUUCCCAAAACAUCUCGACUCUGCCUCCCCAUUUUCACUUUUUUUCAUCUCAACUUUUGUCCUUUCUACUUAACACUAAACCACCAUCAUCAAUUUUUCAACCUCUCUCUUCGUCAACCCCCCAAAAUAUGCUUGUUUUUUUGGUUAUUUUUUCUUCGUCCUUUUCCAUCCUUUUUUUUGCAUUUUUUUGUUUUUAGAGGCGACAUCUGGUUGUUGACUAUAAUAACGGCAUUUUCCUCUCUUGCA